AUGUAUUCGGACUUAACUAAUUAUAUUUUAGCUUUACCAGCCGAGAAUAUUUCAGUCAAUGAUCAUUUUCACGAUUUAUUUGUAAAAGAAAGAUCGAUUAAUGUUAAUUAUUCGAAAUAUAUUGAUAACUGUGCUCCUUUUCUUUACGGUGGUCUCGUUAUUAUACUUCGUUUAAUUGCACCACUUUUAAUUGAUUUCGUGUUAAAUUUCAAAUCUCGUUCAAGAAAUAUCAAUAUGUAUCCACUAACACGUUUAUCAAAGUUUAUUCAAUGGAUGAAACGAUUAAAUUUGUUUAAAACGAUCAAUGAUCGAACAGAGAAUAGUAUUAAACAACAAAGAAUUAUUACACGUGUCUAUUUAGUUUUACUUACAAGUUCAAUUAUUAUUCUUACUCUUUAUAAUUCAUUGAACACUCAAAUAAUGACAAUAACUGUUUCAAAUCCAUCAUUUGACACUUAUAAUGAUUUACAAAAUUUCUAUUCCACUACUCUCAAAUGUCCGUGUACAACUAUGACCAUACCUUAUAACAAUUCCAUGUCUUUAUCUCCUACCUUACAUCAAAUAUGUUCAAGUGAUUUUGUUAGUAAUCGUUGGAUUGAAAUAUUGAGAAAUAGUCUUAAUGUUUUUGAAGAAUCAGAUUGGCGUAAUCAAGCUUAUACACAAUUUCAAUUAUUAUCGAAUCUUUGUGAAUUGGCUAAUCAAACGAUUAAAGAUACUGUUGAUGGUUUUCUUUUGCAAUCGUUCGUUACUUCAAAUAUGCUGAAUGAAACUAAUUUUCAUAUACAAUUAAAUGUUACCAUCAAUCAAGUUUUUCAAUCGAUGCUUAGUUAUUUUGAUCUUCUACUGAAUACAGUUGAUCUUAUAAUACAAGUUGAUCAACCAUAUAUGGGAGUAGUAGCUGGUAGAGGUGCUUAUCUUUCGACAAACAUAUAUGGUCAUAUAUAUCAAGGCACUCUACAGUUUAUAUUUUUCUCACAUACUAUGCAAAAUAUCAACUCAUCAUUAGACAUUCGUAUUUGUGCUACGAAUCGGAAUUGUCAAAACUCAAUUGCUACUUACGAGAUGAUUAUUCCUGAUUAUAAUGAAUAUGAUCAAUAUAUAUUUCGUUAUACGGUACCAGGAUCAAUUAUGGGUUGUUCUAAUAUUCAAUCACUUUUUCUGUCAACACUUGAAUGUUUCUAUUCGAAUUCAGAUUGUCUUUCAAUCUUAAAAAAUUAUCUAUAUGAAAGAUAUAUUCAGAAUGUUGAAGAUUCACUUUGGUUUGAUAUUCAACCACUUAACUAUAAUUUAACUUUAAAUGUCAGUCGUUAUCCUCCAAAUACUUCAAUAUCAAUGAUAAUCAAAGAACUAAUGAUCGGACAACGAAAUCCGUUGAUGUCAUACAAAAAUUUUUAUGAUUCAUGUGCACCUAGUGAUUGUACGUAUUUGAAAAGAAUUCAUGAUAAGACAUUCUUAGAAAUUAUGAUAAUGUUAAUAUCAAUGAUUGGUGGUCUUACUGUAUCAUUGCGUUUAAUUACGCCUUAUGUCUGCACAACGAUUUUGCAUAUAGUGACAAAACGUAACACAAAACAGACCCCGCAAGUUCAAUUGAAAUGGUGUGAUCGUAUUAGACUGUUUGUUCCGAAGUUGAUUAUACUUUGGAAAGGUACGUUACUCAAUCUAAACAUAUUUCCUCAACGAUAUUUUAGCAGUAAUGUUAGUCAAAUGACAGCUAAACGUCUUGGACAAUGGGCAACUCGUCUCUAUAUUAUUUUUCUUAUUCUUUUUUUUGCUGUUUUCUCUCUCGCUAUCAUCGUUCAACCAGAAUUAUCAACAAAAAUUUUUCAUCAACCAUCUUUUGAUUUAUAUAAUGAUCUUAAACAACAGUAUGGUGACCAGCUAGAAUGUUCAUGUUCAACAAUUUCAUCGUUAUAUCGUGAAUUUAUCACAAUAGAACCAAUAUUUCAUGAGGUAUGUUCAAGUUCAUUCGUUUCAGAUCAAUGGCGAAUUGAUCUCACACAAAAUAUUGAUUUUAAUUUCUCUAAUUAUGAUCAACAAGAUUAUCGACGUUUUCUUUCUGCUCAUUUACAAUUUCUUCGACAAUUAUGUCAACUCUCUAAUCAAUCAAUAAAUAGUUCUGUUGAACAGUUUCUUUCUUCAUUAUUCAUUACUGAUCAACUUUUAUCAGAAGAAAAUUUCAAUACUCGUCUUUUCUCAUUGAUUGAACAAGUCAAAUCAAAUGCUCCAACAGGUGAGAAAACUUAG